AUGUUCCGACUGUUUGUCAUCGCUUGUGUAUUCAUAUUUGUUAAUGGAGAACCGACUACAAACGUGAAUCGAUGUAAUCAAAAUUUAGGUGAAUUACCUCUCCAUAUAUAUAUAGAUGGCUGCAUUGACCCACCCUGCCGAGUGGUGACGGGUGAGGAUGUGGUGGUCAACGUUAUCUUUAAAGUUCCUCAUACAACUCGCAGCAUGACUACCAAAGCAAUAGCCUUAUCAUUAAUAGAGUAUGAUCUUAAGGAGUAUGCUGUGACAUGCAAUUUUCUUCGGAACACAUAUUGCCCAGUUUUCAGAGAUGAAGUAGUUGAAUAUACCCUGCGUAUGCACGUAGAGUCGUGGUUUCCACCUGCCCCAUCUAUUCCCAUAGUGUUUCGAGUUAUAGACGAAAAAGACGACCCUAUUUGGUGUAUCAGCACUAUGAUUGAAGUGAUAAGACCGUCAAAAACAAUAAACAAUGAGACAUUGAAUAAAUAA